UGCCCUACAACAGUCUCCGCAAAGGAUCACAACCAACCAGUACUACCAAUGCGUCUGUCCCACCUCGUCCUUCUAGGCGCUGUUGCGAUCUCUCUUCUCACAGAAGCUAGUCUCGCGGCUGAAGCCCCUCGUCUCGGGUCGGAUAUCUCGUCUAUGACGGUUGUUUCUCGCGGUGCGGACCAAGGCGUGAACAUCGACAAGCGAAUGUUGCGCUACCACAGUAACAACAAGCGUGAUGGUGAAGAGGACGAAGAAGAAAGGGGAAUCCCCAGUGGUGCGGACCUCGCUCACCUGGCGGGCUUGGCUAAAACGAACAAGGCCGACUCUCUUGGGACGAAGCUUACGGAUUUUUUCAAUGGUAUGGUUAAAGGUGGUGUCAACCCUUCCAACAUCCACAAAACGGAGUUAUCGGGUGCAGACUACGACAAACUCCGUAAACGGUUUGGAACGUGGUACAGACACUACAAGGACAUUGAGUAGAGCACUCGUGAUCGACAGCAAGUCUUUUUUUGCAAGACCGCGUUUGCCAGCUUGUAGCGAUCUAAUACAACAGUUACUUGACCGUAACCUAACGAAGACGGUCAGUGCUUCGCCGUAAGACCGUCGUAUUUACGCGUGGUCAAGAACAAAAAUCGAAUUCUCAGAUUUAACACAUGACUGGAGAGGUUGUUUCUAACAAUAGAAUUCUU